AUUUAUAUGUUGGGCUUUUAUUGGGUUACGGUAAAAAAAUUUGAAACGUAAUAUUUAUAAUGGGUAAAUAGCACUUAGCCCCUCAAGGUUUUAGUUUUUUGCACAUUGAUGCCUUAUACUUUCAAUAUGAACACAUGACUCCCUAUAGUUUGAAUUUUAUACACAUGAUCCCCUUGAUCUUUUAAUAUCUCUCUGUAGUUUGAACUUUGUGUACACGACCCCCUUGUACUUUUAAUAUAAGCACAUAAUCUCUUAUGGUAUUGCAGUGUGUAAAUAAAUAAUCAUACUCAUUAGAAAAAGAAUUUUUUUGAGGUACAGGGGGUCAUGUGCUAUAUUGAAAGUACAAGGGGGUCUCAUGUGCAUAAAGUUCAAACCGCAGGAAGGGUAAGUGUUAUUCACCCUAUUUUAAUUUCGUUCAUUUGAAAUCAAAUGUUUCCAACACAAAUGUUUUUUUUUCUUUUCUAAUUUCUCAAAUUGUGAUUUCCGAUUAUUGGUACCGGAAAUUCAAAUUAUUUUGAAGUUUUAAUUUUUAUUGUAAAGCGUUGUACUCGUACUACUCUUUAGUUUGACGAUCGUGGAAAUAGAGUAUCAUAACAAUUGUAGAAACCACUGGGAGUCGCAAGAAGUUAGAUAUCAUAGAAGUUAGUCUACCACUAACGUAUAGGGUAGGUUAAUAAACUAGUCAGAAGUUGAGUGAUUACGUUAGGAAACCCCACAUACACAUUAUUUACUACUGUUUUGUUGUCCGAUUUUAUUUUUGAACAACUCCAUUUAUUUUCUAGAAACUAUAUUUUAUUAUGUGAUAUAUCAAUUACUUCAAAACAUAUAUACUAUUAUAUAAAAUAAACCAACACAAAUCAUAUCCAACAAACGGCCAGCAACUAAUUGUUCUUGUAGCUCCCCUUGUAUACAUAAAAACAUCCAAAAUGUGAAACAUGCCCCCAAAAAAACAUUAAAACACACACAUAAAAACAAAACCAACUAAACCUAGGCAACAACAAACAACUCAUGUCGAUAGUCUUUAUGCUUUACAACUCUAAACCUUUUAACCAUUCUUUUUUUUUAACCUCUAUAGAGCAACUUAUUACACCACCAAGAAAACACUCAUUCCACCACCACUCCACCUUCCAAAUUUUCACCACCAACCAAAAAAAAAAGAAAAAAAAUGCAAAAGCGAAUUCGGCAAGUCUUCACCACAAUCAGAGAACACACGCGUGUCAGCUACGCCAAAAUCGCAACCAUCGGAGGGUACUGCGACAUCGACCUCAUAAUCGUGAAAGCAACUUCACCGGACGACACCCUCGUCCCAGAUAAGUACGUCCACGAGCUAUUGAAGAUCUUCUCCAUCUCCCCGUGCUCCUCCCACCGGGCUUUCGCCCUAAGCUUCACCCGCCGUUUCACCGGGACCCACUCGUGGCGAGUGGCCCUCAAAUGCCUUAUCCUCCUCCACCGCCUCCUCCGCUCCCUACCCAACAACACCCCAUUUCGGGCCGAGCUCAUGUGGGCCCGAACGAACGGUCGACUCUCUCUCUACCCUUGCAACUUCCGCGACCGCUCGUCCUCUGCUUCUGACGACUACACAUCUUUCGUGAGGUCUUACGCUAGGCUACUCGAUGAAGCGCUAGAUUGCGUUUCUUUAGAUGAGCAAGUACGGGAAACACUCUAUCUUGAAGAUGAAGACGAAGAACAAGAAGAAGAAUUGGAACAUAAAAUGCAACAAUUGGGAAGAAUAAUCGAAAUCUUGCCUCAACUGCAAAGCCUAAUAGACAGAGUGAUAGAAUGCUGGCCCGGCGGCUCGGCUUCUAGAAACUUCCUCGUAGAAUCGGCUAUGAAACAAGUUAUCCGCCACGGAUUCGCAUGCCACGCCGCUUUCAGGAGGGAGAUUGUGGUGGUUCUUGAAAACCUGACACAGUUACCUUACCGGAAUUGUGUGGCGGCCUUUGGAAUAUACAAGAAAGCGGCCGUUCAAGCCGACCACCUCUCUGGAUUCCAUGAGUGGUGCAAGUGUAUGGGAUACUGUGGACCCUACGAGUACCCGUUUAUCGAUCGGAUACCCGGUAUUCAAAUACGGGCGCUCGAGACGUUUCUCAACGGCAUGUGGCAGUUGACUGACGAGUCGUCUAAUUCGUCUGCAACGAAUGUGGAACAUUCUCCGGCAAGUAUUUGCGGCGACAAACGAGCGGGAAUAGGUGAAGGGUUUGACGAACAAGUGGUGGCGAAGAAAGAGAAAGAGAUAGAAGCAUUGGAGCCAUUGUUGAUACAGUGGGAAGAUUCUGAUGAUGAGAAUUACAAUAAUAGUAGUGUUGGUUGGGAGGACCUUCUAGAAGCUUCCAUUUGUGGUGAUUCUUGGUUGGGUUCAAGAAAUGGUAAAUAUGAAGGAAAUAUUGGGUGGGAAAUGCAAUUAUACAGUCCACAUGUACUUCAGAUUGCAAACCCUUUUCACCAGGAUAUGCAGAAAACAAAUUUCUAUUGUGGGUCCUGCCCUAAUACCCCAAUGGUCACAUGGGAGCUCCUCUAACAGUUAAUUAUUUAAACCGGCAAAUCCCAUUUGGUAUCGUCAAAUUACGAAAA